GAUCAUGAAACGUGAUUGCUUUUAUUGUUGAGGGAACCAUAGAAGUUAAAGGCAUGUGCCAGGAACAGGGGUCGUUAGACUCAAGUUGUUUCUGUUUCACCAUUGCUAAUAUCCCACUCAGCUUGUGUGCACAGUUCAAAUCUAAACGGCUAUUGACCUCGCCUUUCCCAGACAUCUAGGAUUGAUCUUUGACUGUCCACUAGAAGUGACCACUUGGCUUCUGAAGCGUAUCUGACCAUGCCUGUUUUUCUUACAGCAGCUCCAUUCCAGGAAAAAGCAUAGAUCCGCUCUGCCAAAGCUCUGUUAAUACCCUUGACUUUCUCGCCAAACCCAGUCCUUGGAAAAGUCCCGCAGCGCCUUCUUCUGGUACAGCUUUCCACCUUCACUCCUCACGAGACUGAGCAGGGUCUGACGUGCUUUUCAGACUUCUCGUAGGCCUCCCGAGAGACCUUUCCUGGCAUCGCCAGGAAUAAUGGCCUCACCGAGACACCGAAGGCCAGUGUUCUGCCAGUGGUCGUUCGGAGAUUGGAGCGUCUGAGACGCAGCAACCUGGGCGGAACUCGCCAGGGGAAGAGGCGGCGCGUGUUGGGUUCUGCCUGCCCCUCCCUGCCUGGGGAGCGGUCACGUGGGUUCUACCCGGAGGCGGAACCGAGGCUACCCGGACCUUGAGGCUUGCGGAUCGGGGGCGCCUGGAUACCUUAGCCAUGCGCCCCCGGCGCCUCGCCUCCGCUAAGCUGGCGUUUGUAGCUGUGCUUUUGGCCGCGCCCUUGACUCGGGCUGAGACCCCAUACCUGGUGCGUGUGGAUGCAGCCCGCCCGCUGAGGCCUCUGCUGCCCUUUUGGAGGAGCACCGGCUUCUGCCCCCCACUGCCUCAUGACCAGGCUGACCGGUUCGACCUUAGUUGGGACCAGCAACUGAACCUUGCCUACAUCGGUGCUGUGCCUCACAGUGGCAUCGAGCAGGUCCGGAUACACUGGCUGCUGGAUCUCAUCACAGCCAGGAAGUCAUCUACACAGGGGCUGAUAUACAACUUCACCCACUUAGAUGCUUUCCUGGACCUCCUCAUGGAAAACCAGCUCCUCCCUGGAUUUGAGCUGAUGGGCAGUCCUUCUGGGUACUUCACGGACUUUGAGGACAAGCAGCAGGUGUUUGAAUGGAAGGACUUGGUUUCUCUCUUGGCCAGGAGAUAUAUUGGUAGGUAUGGACUGACACAUGUUUCCAAGUGGAACUUCGAGACUUGGAAUGAACCAGACCACCACGACUUCGACAAUGUGUCCAUGACCGCACAAGGCUUCCUGAAUUACUAUGAUGCCUGCUCUGAGGGGCUGCAUAUUGCCAGCCCCACGUUGAGGCUGGGUGGCCCUGGGGAUUCCUUCCACCCCCUGCCAAAGUCACCACUUUGCUGGAGCCUCCUGCGCCAUUGUGCCAACGGAACCAACUUCUUCACUGGCGAGGUGGGCGUGCGUCUGGAUUUUAUCUCCCUGCACAAGAAGGGCGCAGGCAGCUCCAUCUCCAUCCUGGAGCAGGAGGUAGCAGUUGUGGAGCAGAUCCAGCAGCUCUUCCCUGAGUUCAAGGACACCCCUAUUUACAAUGACGAGGCAGACCCUCUGGUGGGCUGGUCACUGCCACAACCUUGGAGAGCUGAUGUGACUUAUGCGGCUUUGGUGGUGAAGGUCAUUGCACAGCACCAGAACCUGCUGCUUGCUAAUAGCAGUUCCUCCAUGCGCUACGUGCUCCUGAGCAAUGACAAUGCCUUCCUGAGCUACCACCCUCACCCUUUCUCCCAGCGCACACUUACUGCCCGCUUCCAGGUCAACAAUACUCGCCCACCCCAUGUGCAGCUCCUGCGAAAGCCAGUCCUCACAGUCAUGGGGCUGAUGGCCCUGCUGGAUGGAGAACAACUCUGGGCAGAGGUGUCAGAGGCUGGGGCUGUGUUGGACAGCAAUCACACAGUGGGUGUCCUGGCCAGCAUCCAUCGCCCCGAAGUCUCCUCGGAGGCCUGGCGUACCACGGUCCUGAUCUACGCUAGUGAUGACACCCAUGAACACCUCAACCGCAGUAUCUCCGUGACUCUUCACCUUCGCGGGGUACCCCCUGGAUUGGGGCUUGUCUAUGUAGUACGCUACCUAGACAAUCAACUCUGCAGCCCCUACAGUGAGUGGCAGCAGAUGGGUCAGCCAGUCUUCCCCUCUGCAGAGCAGUUCCGACGUAUGCGCAUGGUGGAGGACCCAGUGGUUGAGGCACCGCGUCCCUUCCCUGCUGGAGGCCGCUUGACUUUACAUAGGAAGCUUUCUUUGCCAUCACUUUUGCUGGUGCACGUAUGCACACAACCCUUGAAGCCACCAGGGAAGGUUAGCCGUCUCCGGGCACUGCCCCUGACACGUGGGCAGUUGGUUCUAGUCUGGUCGGAUGAGCAUGUGGGCUCCAAGUGCCUGUGGACAUAUGAGAUCCAGUUCUCCCAGAAGGGUGAGGCGUAUGCCCCAAUCAGCAGGAGGCCGUCUACUUUCAACCUUUUUGUGUUCAGCCCAGACACAGGUGUGGUUUCUGGCUCCUAUCAAGUACGAGCAUUGGACUACUGGGCCCGGCCAGGCCCCUUCUCAGACCCUGUGACUUACCUGGAUGUCCCUGCCUCAUGAGAGCCACUGGCUUCUAGUGACUGUAUCUUUCUCUACCUCAGCCUUGGAGUCUGUCUUUGUGGAUGAACACUACAGGGGGCCCAGCUGCAGUGACCUUUGCCUGCGUUCCUCUCUCCACCCAGAUGCUCAAAAGUUUAACUCUGGAACUGGGAAGACGGCUCAGUGGGGAA